CAAAUCCUGACCAAACUCAACCAUUGGACCGACUUCGAUUCGAUAGGUGUGAUGGUUUUCGGUUUCUAAGCAAGUGCAAAGAUAACCUCCCAUCAACUCACACCUACCUAGCUAGUAGCUUAGCUUAAUUCUCCAAUUCUAGGGUUUGUGUGAACAUAUUGUUAAAAAAGAUAUGGAGAAGGUGACGAUGUUGGCGUCGGAAAAAGAUGUGGUGAUAUUCAGCAAGAGUUCAUGCUGCCUGUGUCACUCGGUGAAAGUUCUGUUUCAACAACUGAUGGUGAGGCCCAAGGUUUAUGAAAUAGACCUUGACCCUGAAGGCAGAGAAAUGGAGAAAGCUCUGGUGAGUCUGGGUUGUUCAACCCCUGUGCCUGCCGUUUUCAUCGGAGGCAUUUUCGUGGGCUCCACCAACCAGGUCAUGUCCCUCCACCUCAGCGGAGCCCUCGCCCAACUCAUCCAACCUUAUAAACAAGCUUAACCCCCUUCACCAGUUCGCGCUGCACAAUAACACACAAAUAUUCCCAUCUACACGCGUGUGUGUGUGUUCCUCCUACCAAUAAGCUCUCUGAAAAGUCUGUGUAGUAUUCUGCGUUUUUAUGUUUGAUUAUAUAUAUAUAUAUAUAUAUAUAUCACUUUCUCUGUAGCAAUUUAGCUAUAGUUUAAUCUCUUGGUAUAUUAUAUUCUAUAUGGAGUUUCAUUUAUAAAUCCUGAAAGUUGCACCAUUAUAUGUUUAUGUAAUCUCAAGAAGCUCCGCCUCUUCUUCGUUUA